UAAAAAAAAAAUCCAAAAAGCUGCCUGGCUUUCUGCUUACUUCAACAGCGAGCAGCAGCUGUCAAAUCUGCAGCCAAGCCUGCCUUGUUCCAGCCCCAAGCGUCCCUGGAACAGUGUGCCAGCUGAGACGAGCAUCUCCAGGAAAAGCACAUUGGAGUCUCUUGCCCCUGGAACAGAGCACGGUUUGCAGGCUGUGUUCAGGCAUGCCAGGCUUUGCUGACUGUACAGAAAGGGGCGGGCUCGGUGCAGCAGCACAUGUUUGGUGCAUUUCUGAGUGUCUUGCGAGCAGCUUUAGCUGAUUAGGUCACUAGAGAUCAUGCUUGGCUUCAGACGAGCACAAUGAUACAACUGUAUGUGCUGCGAGCGGGAGAGAGAGUGCUCUGUGCUGAUUUAUACCUCAGCUUCCAGUCAGGAGAUGAAGAUUAGGUUAAAGGAUUGUAAUGAUCUCUGUUAAAACAGUGUUGGAAAGGAAGCUAUUUUUCCUUGGCUGCAGCACACUGUGAGUUACCUCCUGCAAGAGGGUGAAGGGACUGUAGGUGCUGUGAAGGCAGUACAACCCCACUCACUGUGCGGGGUUUAGGAAUGUUUAUAGUAAACAUUAAUUUGAUGUGUUUGGAGAUGCGGCUCGUUGUCUUCCUUGAAUUCUCCAUCAGAAUGUGCCGCUGCUGCAAAGAGAAGCUUCACGUGUUUGUGCUUGUAUCCUGUGGCCGAAGCCGCUCUCUUUCAGCACUGAAUACGCAGCCCCUCUUUGGGUCAGAGCUCCACCCCUGUGAAGGAGCAGAGCCUGUUGAGGCUCUGGAGCCGCCGCUGUCCGCCUGCCAUGGCUCCUCCUCCCCUCCCACCCUUGGGUGGAACUAGGGAAGGGAAAACUUGACAAUAGUUAGCAGGCGGCAGAGCUCGCAGGAACCACUGCAGCAGCAUGUCCAACUAGCCCGGUUAGCAGGGAUUCUGUCCUUCCCGAGGUGCUGCUGCUGCGGAGUGCGGGAGGAGAUGGUUAUAGCCAUGGGAGCCAGGAAAAGUCUGAAAAGGAAUGAGCAGCCGAGAGACCUGGCAUUCCUUGGGCAGCUUCAAAGAGAGGUGAAGUAUCUGAAUCAGCGCAAGAGUAAAUGAGCCCUGGCUGCUGCCAUGUUGGCAGAACAGAGCUGUUCAGAGGCAGUUGGACGAGUUUGUGGCUGAGCCGGUUUAUCCAGUGUUGAAGAUGGGAAGUUACUUGUCUGCCCCAGCUUACUUCGCUCCCAAGGAUCCCUUUCGGUGCUCUGAAUGUCAGGAUCCCCUCACUAACUGGUACUAUGAGAAAGAUGGGAAGCUGUACUGUCACAAAGACUACUGGGGGAAGUUUGGGGAAUCUUGCCAUGGCUGCUCUCUGCUGAUGACUGGACCUGUGAUGGUGGCUGGCGAAUACAAGUAUCACCCCGAGUGCUUCGCUUGUAUGAGCUGCAAAGUGAUCAUCGAGGAUGGGGACACUUAUGCACUGGUGCAACAUUCCACUCUCUACUGCGGGAAAUGCCAUAACCAGAUCGUGCUGACACCCAUGAUAGAAAAGCACUCCACGGAGUCCCUGCGGGAGCAGCUGCCCUACACACUGACCCUCAUCUCCAUGCCCGCGGCCACAGAUGGCAAGAGGGGCUUCUCCGUGUCUGUGGAGGGGGGCUGCUCCAGCUAUGCCACUGGUGUCCAGGUGAAAGAAGUUAACAGGAUGCACAUCAGCCCAGAUGUCCGAAACGCCAUCCACCCUGCGGAUCGGAUCCUGGAGAUCAACGGAGCUCCAAUUCGCACCUUACAGGUGGAGGAGGUGGAGGAAUUGAUUCGCAAGACCAGCCAGACCCUUCAGCUGCUGAUCGAGCACGACCCCGUCUCGCAGCGCCUGGACAGGCUUCGCCUGGACUCCCGCCUGCCCACCCACAUAAAGCCACCCAUCUCCCCACGCUCCCUCUCUCCACUGGACAUCAAGGAGAACCUGGAAGGAACGCUCCGACGGCGCUCCCUCAGACGAAGUAACAGCAUCUCCAAGUCUCCUGGCCCCAGCUCUCCAAAGGAGCCGCUCCUGCUGAGCCGUGACAUCAGUCGUUCUGAAUCCCUGCGCUCCUCUUCCAGCUGCUCCCAGCAAAUCUUCCGGCCCUGUGACCUGAUUCAUGGUGAAGUUCUAGGAAAAGGAUUUUUUGGACAGGCUAUCAAGGUGACUCACAAAGCAACGGGAAAGGUGAUGGUGAUGAAGGAGCUGAUUCGCUGUGAUGAGGAAACACAGAAGACUUUUUUGACAGAGGUGAAAGUGAUGCGCAGCCUGGACCACCCCAACGUGCUCAAGUUCAUUGGGGUGCUGUACAAGGACAAGAAGCUGAACCUGCUCACCGAAUACAUCGAGGGGGGCACACUGAAGGACUUCCUCCGCAGUGCAGACCCGUUUCCCUGGCAGCAGAAGGUCAGCUUUGCCAAAGGGAUUGCCUCUGGAAUGGCUUACUUGCACUCCAUGUGCAUCAUUCACAGAGACCUGAAUUCACACAAUUGCCUGAUCAAGUUGGAUAAGACGGUGGUGGUGGCCGACUUCGGUCUGUCUCGGCUGAUUGUGGAGGAAAGGAAAAAGCCCACUCUGGAGAAACCCUCGGCCAAGAAGCGAACCCUGCGCAAGAGCGACAGGAAGAAGCGCUACACGGUGGUGGGGAACCCGUACUGGAUGGCCCCGGAGAUGCUCAAUGGACAGAGCUACGAUGAGAUGGUGGACAUCUUUUCAUUUGGGAUUGUUCUCUGUGAGAUCAUAGGCCAGGUUUAUGCUGACCCAGACUGUCUCCCACGCACACUGGAUUUUGGCCUUAAUGUCAAGCUGUUCUGGGAGAAGUUUGUUCCUGCUGACUGUCCUCCAGCCUUUUUCCCUCUGGCUGCUAUUUGCUGCAGACUGGAGCCAGAGAGCAGGCCCCCUUUUUCCAAGCUGGAAGAUUCCUUUGAAGCGCUCUCUCUCUACCUUGGAGAACUUGCCAUCCCCCUUCCCUCUGAGCUGGAGGAGCUGGACCACAAUGUGAGUGUGCAGUAUGGACUGAACCGGGACAAGCUACCUGAGAACACCACCUAGUCCGCUCUUCCUGCUGCCUGCAUCACUUCCAUUGGAGCUGGGAUGAGUGUCAGGGAGGGAGAUGCACUUCAGCCACUUCCAGGGCAUUAACGGGGCACCACGCUGUGCAUUUGCUGCAUUGCCUCUCUCUCCCCACCCAGUGCCCCUCCUCUUGGACAUCCUGAUUCACUGUGGAUUUCUGGCGUGUUUCAGAAGCAAAAAGGGCUGUUUCCUGCCAACUGCACCUAGGAAAGCUGCUCAACACUAUUUUUCUGGCUUGAGAAAUGUUUCUCUGGCCUUUUCAGGCUUCUUUACUGUGGUGCCUUAGAACUUGGCUGCAAGCUGUGAAGCCACCCUGGCCUGUCUGCCACGGGGGGAAUUGCUAUAGGAGACUCUCCUGGGUAAGGACCAGCACUUCUGGAACUGCUUCUCCCACUGACUGCCCUGCUCAGAAAGCUGGGAAAAUUGGACAUCCAGCAAAAUGCCCCACCAGGACAGCACAUGUGUGUGUUUGUGCAUGUGCUUCCCAGAACAACUCACUGAGAUGCUGACCUCCCACAUGCAUCGGGGAGAGAGUGAAAAGCCCCAGGAACUGGGCAGCUCUCCUGAACUACCUUGUCUCUGGGGAAGCAUGUAUGAAUUUUUGUUUUGGUUUUGUGGUUUUCUUCCCUGUGUCAGAAUACCUCCAAAAGCCUGCCUAGAAACACUAAGACUGAGCUCUGCUUGCCCCUCCAAUGGUGAAUGAGGCUGGCAGCAAAUGAGCCACGGGGGCAUCUUCAGACCCCACGCCUGCAGUGAUUUUGCCUGCCCCAAACUUUAACCCAGGUGAAGGUGUUUGAACCUGAACAUGUAGAACCGCACCAGGCACUGGCUGGGGACAUUCCUGGAGUGCUGAAGCUGCUUGAGCUCCCGGCCUGUGGACGUGAGGUGACAGAAAGGGUGGCAGAAGGUGCUCGUCCGAAAGCCAAAGGUUUGAAGUGGCUCAGACCUUGUGCAUGGACAACAGCAACGGGGGACUUGCCCAAGGUUACUUAAAGGAUGGACUUGUCAUGAACAGAGAAGUGCUGGAGAAUGUUCCAUCCUCCCUGGAGUGGCAGCUGGAGAACAAGUAAUUCAGUUGCCAUUACCUCAUCCUUUCCUGCAGACUGUGCAAGUUGCUCCCUUUGAAGGUCCUUCUUGCAGCUGCUGCUGCAGCACCUGAACUGAUUCUCCAAGCAGAAACUUUCCUCAGGGUCAUUCCCUGCUUUGGGGGAGAAAAAAGGGCUUGGAGUCAUUGGGAGAUAGGUGGGGGUGUAUUUUCUUCCAGUACUUCUCUUCCUCCCUUAGUGGGAGAGGAAAUAAAGCUACUGCUGCAGUAGCUCAUGUGGUUGGCAGAACUGAACCAAAAGCUGGAUCAAGUCCUGCUCUUAACUGCAUUUCUAGUGUGCUCCUUUUUCCCCCCUCCUCCCUUCAGCAUUGAAUGGUGGGGAAUGGGUGUUAGUCUUUGCUGUUACUUUGAUUUCCUCCCCCUACCCAUGAGUUUAAAGUAUUAUGUAAAAAAACAUGGGACCAGCCAUCACAUGACAACAGGUGUGCAAGGGGAGGUGUUUUUAGUCUAUGUAGUGGUGUUUUAGAAACACUGGGGACUCCCUGUGCUGUGAGUCAGUGGAGGAGCCUCACUAAACUGGGUCCAGUGGAUUCAGCAUUAUUAAUAGGAUUUGCCCUUUCAUUCCCCCUCCCAGGCUGGUUUGUGAGGGGACUCCUGAAGGGGAGAGUCCUGGGUGAUGUGUGGGUGGGGUUUAUGAACUGUGAUUUGCACAGCUCCACGCUCUAAAUUAAAAAGCAGUAAGUGAAUGCUAUAAGAACGAGAUUUUGUGGUCUCUGUGUUCAAUAAAGCCGGAAGCUGUAA